GGCAAGAGGGAGUCCCGGCGCUGCCCGGCGCCGCUCGGCAGGGGGCGGGCCUCGCGCCCCGCCGCCGCGCGCCCGCCCUGCCGCCCGUCCCAACGGCCAGCGCGCGACGGGCCGCUCACCCCACCCCGCCUUCACCCCCCUGCCGCCGCCAGCCGAUUCCCGUCAGGGCCCAUGCCGGCAGCGCCGCGGCGCCUCCUCCACGUGCUCCGCAGCUCCAUCUUCAGGAUGGGCGACUCGGCCUCCCGCCUGCCGCAGAAGGAAGAAGCGCUGCCCGGAAGGAGCCAGGGCAUCACUGUGACAGAUAAACAUCAUGUCAAUGGAAACAGAAUGGUAGAACCUUUCCCAGAGGGAACACAGAUGGCUGUGUUUGGUAUGGGCUGUUUCUGGGGAGCCGAGAAGAAGUUUUGGAGCCAGAAGGGAGUCUACUCCACUCAAGUGGGUUAUGCAGGAGGGUAUACUCCAAAUCCUACCUACAAAGAGGUCUGUUCUGGCAGAACUGGCCACACCGAGGUUGUACGAGUAGUGUAUCAGCCAGAAAACAUCAGCUUUGAGAAACUGCUCAAGGUCUUCUGGGAGAAUCAUGACCCGACACAAGGAAUGCGGCAGGGCAACGACUGCGGCACACAGUAUCGCUCAGCCAUCUACACGUUUUCUCAGGAGCAGAUGGAAGCUGCCUUGAGAUCUAAGGAAGAAUAUCAAAAGGUAUUGACGAAGAGUGGUUUUGGUCCCAUCACAACAGAAAUCCGGGAGACUCCGGAGUUCUAUUAUGCCGAAGAUUACCAUCAGCAGUACCUGAGUAAGAACCCUGGUGGCUACUGUGGCCUUGGAGGAACAGGGCUUUCCUGCCCUAUUGGCAUCAAUAAAUAGCCUGGGAUUGCUUCACUGCCACCACUUCAUUUUUGAGAGUUUGGAAAAAUUCAACAGCCCUGAUAGGUGUCACACUACUCCUGCAGCAUCAGCACAUAGACCUUUGGGUAGCUCUUGGGGUAGCUUUCCAUAAUCUGUGUAGUUUCUCAACUGCCAACAUUAAAAGCCAAAGUAGAGGCAGAAAUUGCACCUGCUUGAUAAAUGCAGCUUGGUAAAGUCUUGCUCUGCACAGCUCAUGGGAUUUCCUUGUGAUCUUGUGAUCUGGGGAGAAAAGAAACUUCUACAAGUUUGGCUUGAAGUGAGGAGGUGGUUGCACCUGCUAACUGCUUUGCAUAGCUGAUGCCUUCAGAUAUGUUUGUUUGCUUGGCUUAAUGAGUUUGCUUUUGACUUCUGGAGACAUGGCUGGGCUCAGCUGUGACAACCCUGUAAUUUGGUGUCUUUGAGACUGGCGAGUUUAUGAGAUCAGUAAUUCUCUCACAGUCCCACUUGCACAGCAACAUGUAAUAUCACCUGUAGUGCCUAUUUUCUGAAACAAUUUUAGCAAGAAGAAGUAAGAACUGUAAUGUGAUACUUCUUUUUCUGAUAGCUCCAAAAGGUGUGUCAGCCCCCAAAGAAAUCAAUCUUGUUUCCUGCACCAAAAUAAAUUACAAA